GAGGUCGUGUUCAUUUGCUUCCCUCCUUUUUCUGACAUUACAGUUCUGCAAAUAUCCUUUUUUUUCCGUUGUUUCAUAUUUUUAAUCUUUUUCUUCGUCAAAUUAUUUGUAAUAUUAAAUUCAUUUAAAUCCCCAUUUUGCCCCUGCCACUACCAUUCACGUCUCUGUUUCAUUCAUUCCUCCAUCCUAUCUCUUCGAUUAACACAUACAUCUCACCAAAGAAGUGUGUUCAGUUUUUCUUCCUCAUUCACUAUAUAUACACAUUCACACAUCUCUGUCUCUCUGCAACCGACACUCUCUGCUUCUCUUCACCCAUGCUUUAUUCUUAAGGUGUGUGUCCUUUCCCUUCUUCUUCUUCUUAAUUAUUUGAAUCGUUUAAAUUUUAUGCCUCCGAAUCCGACGAAGGGGAAAAAGACGAAAUCGAUACAAAAAAAUAAAAUACAGAACCCCGUAAUUUUCUCUGUCUUUAUUGUAUUAUUAUAUAUAUUAUUCGCCUUUUUCUUUUCAGUGCUGGAAGUUGUUUCUAUUUUGGUGUUUUUUGUUUCUUAACGUUAAUAAUUCCGAGUGACUGUGUUGUGGGAGAUCCAACGGGUGUUUUGUAAUUAUCAUUGAAUAGAACGGGCCAAAGAUGAGGAAUUUUGACUCUUGCUAAUUGUGACUUGUGAUGUUUCUGCUUUGAGCUUUAGUUUGGUUUCGCAACCAUUAUUUGAAUGACAAAACUCAUGAACAUCAUGUUACCAUCUAUAUUACGUUGUCGGUUGCAUUUCCUUUGACACGUGUUUUUCUCUUCGUUUGUUUUUUUUUUUUUUGUGUGUGUGUGUGUGUGUGUUUUGGAUUGAUUCCUCUUUCUUGGAUCUGCUGUGGCUGGUGUUUAAUUUGAAGACCAUGUGUUUGAUAUUGGUUGUUCCAGGAGUUUUAGUACAUGAAGGAACUGAAUAUGCCUGGAAUUGUUACAAAUGGGGUUCAUGAUGAAGGGGAAGAUAAUGAGAUGAAUGGGAACCAUGAAUCCCUCUCUAAGGAGGCCUUAAAUUCAGUUAAGUCCCCAAGGAGUUCCUUUGGUCCACAAAGACGUCACGGCGAUGGUGCUAAUGUUGCUGUUGAUGGGGUGGCUGAGCCAUCCAUUCAGCAGCUUUAUGAAAAUGUCUGUGACAUGCAGAGUUCUGAUCAGUCACCCUCAAGACAGAGUUUUGGAUCUGAUGGUGAAGAGUCUAGAAUCGAUUCGGAGUUGCGCCAUCUAGUUGGAGGACGAAUGAGGGAGGUGGAGAUAAUGGAAGAGGAAGUGGGGGUGGAAAAAGGGCCGGAUGAGGGGAGUUCAAGUAGUGAAAUAUCUUGUGGAUUGGAUGGUUUAUCCAAUGAGAAGAAGUUGGAUAAGGUGGAUGAGGUUCUGGAGAUUCAACCUGCAGUUACAAGUUCUGUUUCUUCAGAAAAAUCUGUCAAAGCAUCUAAUUCACAGUUGGGACCUGAGAUUUCGCCAAAAUUAGCACCCAAGGGAAAACGUUCUCUUGCAAAAGCUCCUACUGGAAAAAAGAAUGAUAAGCCUUUGAGGAAACAAGUUAGUGGAGUUACUGGUGUGAAGAAUUUAAAGAAUUCUUCUUCUGGAAAGUCAAUGUCACGAAAUCGAGUAGACAAUGCAGCUGAAUCAACAUUAGAUAGACCAGAGCAGGCACCAGUAUUACUAAAGCAAGCAAGAGAUCUGAUCUCAUCAGGAGAUAAUCCGCAGAAGGCUCUUGAAUUAGCGCUUCAAGCAAAGAAAUUGUUUGAGAAGUUUGGUAAUGAGAAGCCAAGUUUGGAGUUGGUUAUGUGUCUACAUGUUACAGCAGCAAUAUAUUGCAACUUGGGUCAAUACAAUGAGGCGAUUCCAAUUCUUGAGCGCUCAAUUGAGAUUCCUGUUGUUAAUGAAAGUCAACAGCAUGCCCUUGCUAAAUUUGCUGGUCACAUGCAAUUGGGAGACACCUACGCUAUGCUGGGCCAGCUUGAGAAUUCAAUUGUGUGCUACACCACUGGGUUAGAAGUCCAGAGGGAGGUGUUGGGAGAGACAGACCCAAGAGUUGGUGAGACUUGUCGGUAUGUGGCCGAGGCUAAUGUUCAAGCUUUGCAAUUUGAUGAAGCAGAGAGGCUAUGUCAAAUGGCUCUUGACAUUCAUAAAGCAAAUAGUUCAACCCCAUCUCUUGAAGAGGCAGCUGAUAGGAGGCUCAUGGGCCUUAUAUGUGAAACAAAGGGAAACCACGAAGCAGCUCUUGAGCAUCUUGUUUUAGCCAGCAUGGCAAUGGUAGCAAAUGGCCAGGAAAUGGAAGUGGCCUCUGUUGACUGCAGCAUUGGAGACACAUACUUAUCCUUGUCACGAUAUGACGAGGCUGUCUUUGCAUACCAGAAAGCACUAACUGUUUUCAAGACCAGCAAAGGGGAGAACCACCCAGCAGUUGGAUCAGUCUUUUUACGUUUGGCCGACUUGUAUAACAGGACAGGAAAGUUAAGGGAAUCAAAAUCAUAUUGUGAGAGUGCACUUAGAAUAUACGAAAAUCCAAUGCCUGGAGUUCCUCCAGAGGAGGUUGCUAGUGGUCUUACAAAUAUUUCAACUAUCUAUGAGUCAAUGAAUGAGCUUGAACAGGCGCUUAAAUUACUGCAGAAAGCACGGGAGAUGUAUAAUGAUGCCCCGGGUCAGCAAAGCACAAUCGCAGGAAUUGAAGCUCAGAUGGGAGUCAUGUACUACAUGUUGGGGAACUAUACUGAAUCUUACAAUACUUUGAAGACCGCUGUUUCAAAGCUUCGUGCAAUUGGCGAAAAGAAAUCAUCCUUCUUUGGUAUUGCUCUUAAUCAAAUGGGACUUGCCUGCGUGCAGCGUUAUGCCUUGAAUGAGGCUACAGAAUUGUUUGAAGAAGCAAAGAGUAUUUUGGAACAUGAGUAUGGACCAUAUCACCCAGAAACACUUGGUGUAUAUAGUAAUCUAGCUGGCACUUAUGAUGCCAUUGGCAGACUGGAUGAUGCAAUUCAAAUUCUGGAGUACGUUGUUAGCACGAGGGAGGAAAAGCUUGGGACAGCAAAUCCUGACGUGGAUGAUGAGAAGAGAAGGUUGGAUGAGUUGUUGAAGGAAGCAGGUAGAGUUCGGAGCAGAAAAGCCAGGUCACUUGAGAACCUUCUUGAUGGCAAUGCUCCUGCUAUAAACAACCUUGUUAUCAAGGCAUGAUGAGGAUAUCUUUCUAUGAUUCAUGAGAGAAAAUCGAUGCUUUACCGAAACUCAAAGUCAAGCAUGCUAAAUUGUGGAGGAGAUAAAUCUGUCCCAAUAGUAUUAAUUUAUUGGGUAAAAUUGAAUGAUUGAAGAAUGGUACAAUAGAUGGGGUAAAAUGGAAUUAUUGAAGACUGAAAUGAUUUAUGCCAAAUUAUUUAAUAGCUAUAUUGUUUGUAUGAUAUGAUGUAAGUAAUUAUGGUAUACAAACAGAUACACUACUCGUUUGUGUAUACAUUUUUUCCAUUGUUUUACAUGUCAAGAGAAGACUUUCUUUUUUCCUAUGUUUUGUUUGAGGCUGUACAUUGUCGAUAUGAUUAUAAUGGUUGACAAUUACAU